UUAAACAAAAUUACCAAUUAUCCAAACCAUAUUUUUCAAAUAGCAUACAGGUUUUAAUAGCUUUUAAAUGUGUGUAAUUAUUAAUGAAUCUAAGGCUGUGGCAUUAAAAAACUGCAGCAUGACAGGAUCUGAUUACCUUUUUUUUAUAAACUUUAUUGACAAAUAAUUAUGCUAUUUGUCAAUUCGUUUUUUGUCAAUAAUAUUGACAAAAACACAAAACGUAAUAAGGUCCAAUCAAUGACUUAAGAAGGCGUAGUUACUCACACCCUAAAAAAAAAGAAAAAGAAAAGAAAAGAAGAAGCAGGUACUGCGCAGACUCGUGGGUCCGUGUUCUGCGUCGUUUGUGACGUUGUUAGCACACAGCGCCACCUACGGUAGCACAAACCGACAGUCACAGAUUUCGGUUUGUCGUAACUUUAUUUACACCCGUAAGUGACAAGGCAUUCGGUUCGAGGUAACCACUCAAGAUUAAGCGGAAUUUAUCUGUAACAUCAGAAAAUUAAAAUAAUUCAGUUUAUUGCUGCUAAAAGAAUAAACUGUAACUCUACUAAACAAUGAGUGGCAGCGAGGACGGAAACUACAACAGACGGGACCGGGGUCAUGGAAGUCCAGCUCGGACCAAAUCGCAGAGCAAGUCUGGCUCCCAAAGCCCGUCUCAGGCGUGCAUCCGCUCGGACUCCAGAUCCGACUCCCAUUCAAAAGUCAGGUCUCGCUCUCGGAGGCAAUCCAACCCGCACCGCUCAAAUUCUCGGUCCUGCUCUCCUCAGAGGAGGUCCCGCUCUCCGUCCUACAGCCCCGAGCAUCGCCGUAAGAGGAGCCAAAACGCGUCCCCAAUGUCCAGCCGCCGCCGCCACACCGGUACCAGAGAGAACCCUGAUCCCAGCACCUGUCUCGGGGUCUUUGGCCUGAACUUAUCCACAACCGAGCGUGACCUGAGGGAGGUGUUUUCACGCUACGGACGUCUGACUGGGAUCAACAUGGUGCAUGACCAGCGCACCGGCCGCUCCCGUGGCUUUGCGUUUAUCUACUUUGAGAGGCUCUGCGAUGCCAGAGAGGCAAUAGAGCAGACCAACGGCAUGAACAUGGAUGGGAGGCAGAUCCGAGUGGAUUAUUCCAUUACCAAACGCCCCCACACUCCCACACCUGGAAUCUACAUGGGAAGACCAACUUACAAUGGAGGUGGCGGAGGCCCCAGGAAGCGAAGGGACUCCUACUACGACCGCAGUUACGACAGAUACGACAGAUAUGACGAGUACGACUACAGGUAUAGUCGCAGGCGCUCGCCGUCGCCCUACUACAGUCGAUACAGGUCUCGUUCCCGUUCCUACAGCCCAAGAAGAUUCUAAAUAAACUCUUUUUAGCAUCAACUCCCCUUCAGGCGUAGCUGGUGUGCGGCCCUUCAUCGAGGAACAUUUUAAAUCGGCAGACCUUUAUUAGCAAACUCAUCAUUUUUGAGGUGGUUCUCGUGUACAAGUACUAGAUAUCUUCUAUUUUUGACAUUUUGAUGCAAGCAUGUUAAGAGUGAGUCACUAAGAACUCAUCUCUUCUUCAUUCUUCCGUCUGCAGCCUUCCUUCCUUCCUUCCUUCUCUUUUGUUUUCGUGCAACAUAGAUUGCCUGAUCUGUUGUUAUUAUUAUUAAUCAAAAUUGGUAUCGUGGUCGCUGGUAAUGCAUAAGAUUGUGAUCCUUGGUUUUCCAACCUUUAUCUAGAAGUGCAAAAAUAAAAAGAAAAAACACACAAAUGUAUCUCUGUCAGUUGAACUGAUCUAUGUUCUUGUUUUUGAGUCUACGCUCACAUUAAACUUUUCUUUGUCGAGGAAGUUGUAGCUUCAGCUCCCAGGUAAUAUGUGACUUUUCUUUGUGUUUGUAUGAUAAUACAGUUCUAUGAAAACUC